AUGCUUUCACCACCGUGUGGAAGCUUUGGCAACUCUGGUCGACUGCCUGAUGGAGGAGCACGUGAUGCCAAAUGCUCUGACACUUUCGGAGGCUCUGCUGUUCUUCCCACUCUCAUCCUCGGUAUCUUCACCAUGCUUGGCGCCCUCCAACACUGCACGUCUAGACUAUGGUCGCUCCGGUCUUUCUCUACAACUCCUGUCGUUGAGGCUGGCUACAAGAUGAAAACCCACUCCGGCGCAAAGAAACGAUGGAGGUCAUCUGUCGGUUCCGGGAAAUUCAAACGCGGUCAAGCCUUCCGCCAGCAUUUGCACGCAAACAAGCCUCCAGCACGAUUAAACAGGCUGGGCAACACCGUGUUUUCGACACCGACGCAGACCCACAAAUUGAAGAAGGUGCUAUUGCCGUAUGGGUCCGGCUAGUACAAUGGUCACUCAAUGAACCCGCCCACCCGAGCCUAUGUAUCAUUUUGGUUUAGAUUUCAGUCCGAAAAAUCCACGAAUGUCCCUCUGUCGACUGUCCCUUGCCUCGCGUCCUAUCCCUCCUCUCUGCCUCUUCUGUGAGAAUCCCAUCGUCAAUUCCGUCGAUUGUUGUCCCCGCGAGAAUGUACAUACCACGGAGGACAAGUGACUGCACUCAUCGAAGUGAGAUACUCGCACCUGCAGCACUGUCGGCUCGGAGAGACCGACUGGGGGCUUUACCUUAUAUGAGGAGUCUCGUCAAAACCGUGUCUCUCGGGCGCCGCACCUUCUCGCUGAACACCACUCUGACCCAACCGGUGUUGCGCAGUCUCUGGGAAAGAGUGGCAGAGAGGUCCAAGGUCGGGUCGUACUUGGACAGCGCGCGGAUCGCCUCCUUGAUAAACAGACCGUGGCUCACGACGGCGAUAUGCACGGGCGCGCUGGCCUCGGCUUCCUGCGCGUCCUGCACGAAUCGAAAGAGCUCUUCUUCCCACAUCGUCUGCGCGCGCUUCAGCACGUCUUGUAAGCUUUCUCCCUGCGGAAACGAAUCGUAGCGUCCGACAUGCGGGAACCUUCCAGCCACGAAAUGCUGCUGAAGCGUCAGUGCGGGAUCGCGCCUUGACCAGGGUUUUCCCUCUGCUUCGCCAAAGUGCUGCUCCCUGAGCAGCAGAGAAGUCGUCAGGGAAAGGGGGUCCUCCUGCUUCUUCUGGAUCUCUUGAGCAGUCAUAUAAGCGCGUUGUAGGGGCGAGGAGUAUAUAGCUGUGAAUCUGGUUGCGGAAAGCGCGUCGGCGACGGCCUGCGCUUGCUAGACUGGUGUCAGUGGAGACGGAAGUGAACGAUUUCAGGGCGAAUGCACUUGCGUUCAUUCCUGUGAUAUGAGUCAGCAAGUAGCCGCGAGGAGUGUGGAGAACGAACCAUGGUUGGUCAGUGUAGCGUCGCGCCAUCCAGCCCAAAGCGAGAGCUAUUCAACGACGUUUCACACAGAUGCGACUUAGCUGCAACUCAUAUGUGCUGCACUGACCACGUUAUCAGUUGACUCUCCAUGUCGGACCUGGGUCAGAACAUUAGUAUUCUUUGUAUUAGUCCUGGGAAGAUAUUUGACAAAAGUAAAAGUCGCCAGUGUCCUAGACAUUGCGCUAACCAAGUGCAGGCAUGAGUUCA